AUGCUGCACAGCUGUCAACAUGGACGCGGCGUCAGAUGUGUGCAGGGAACCGUUUUGUACUCGGAUAAUGUCACCAAGGGCAUAACUGAGGCUCGUCGUCACCGCAUGGGCAUCUCCCAGAAAUCUAUUGUUCUUCAUGAUAAGUGUUUCAUGCCCAUGAAGAAGAGCGAAUGGGACACGGCUCAAAUGCAUCCUCCAGCAAUGAUCUACAAUCUUCUAUCACCAAGGCCAAGAGCGGCGCUGGUUAGCUGCGUCAGUCCAAGUCUGCUCAACUUCUGGCUCGAGAGAUUGGGAGGAAGCAUAAAAGAAUCCGCUGUUGGCACGUUGGCACCAACAGCUAUCGUCUAUCUUUACUAUAAGCAGGUGGACAUGGUGAUGAGAUUCGGGAAAGCUAAUAGUUACUUUGCUAGCGUACCAAAGAGUGUUGGUUCAUACUUCUAUGGACUGUAA